CAUUCCAUCCUGUCACAUUGUGAGGCAAAACAGUUAACCACAGGGACGCAGCUUGAUUAAGGAUUUAUCGUUAGCGGCUCUCAGAGCAUUUGCAGUGCUAAGCUAAUGUGUUCCUGUUACAGCGUGUGACCUCGUUAGCUGACUGGAGUCCACUUUGUCUGGGGACUACGGGCAGAGGAAGAGAUGUCGGGAGAAAGUGUGGUGAGCUCAGCAGUGCCGGCGGCUGCGACUCGCACGACCUCCUUCAAAGGGACGAGUCCGAGCUCCAAGUAUGUCAAGCUGAACAUUGGCGGUGCCCUCUACUACACCACCAUGCAGACCCUUACCAAGCAGGACACCAUGCUCAAGGCCAUGUUCAGUGGCCGAAUGGAAGUCCUCACGGACAGUGAAGGCUGGAUCCUGAUCGACCGCUGUGGAAAACAUUUUGGGACAAUACUGAACUACCUGCGCGAUGGGGCUGUGCCGCUCCCUGAGAGCCGCAGGGAGAUAGAAGAGUUGUUGGCUGAAGCAAAGUACUACCUGGUCCAGGGGCUGGUGGACGAGUGCCAAGCAGCCUUGCAGCAGAACAAAGAUGCAUAUGAACCAUUCUGCAAGGUACCAGUCAUCACAUCUUCCAAAGAAGAGCAAAAACUUAUAGCCACUUCUAACAAGCCAGCUGUGAAGUUGCUGUAUAACAGAAGCAACAACAAAUAUUCCUACACCAGCAACUCUGAUGACAACAUGCUGAAGAACAUCGAGCUAUUCGAUAAGCUGUCCUUGAGGUUUAAUGGGAGAGUGCUCUUUAUAAAAGAUGUGAUUGGAGAUGAGAUCUGCUGCUGGUCUUUUUAUGGGCAGGGGCGGAAGAUUGCCGAAGUCUGUUGCACUUCCAUUGUUUAUGCUACUGAGAAAAAACAGACAAAGGUGGAGUUCCCAGAAGCCCGCAUUUACGAGGAGACACUGAACAUUCUGCUGUACGAGUCCCAGGAUGGGAGGGGACCCGACAAUGCGCUCUUGGAAGCUACAGGAGGGGCAGCUGGCCGCUCCCAUCACUUAGAUGAAGAUGAGGAGCGAGAGCGCAUUGAACGUGUGCGAAGAAUUCAUAUUAAACGUCCGGAUGACAGGGCCCAUCUGCAUCAGUGAGCCAAGCAACAGCAGCAGACUGCGCAGCUCUGUCUGGAAGGUGCUGCCCUUCGUCUGAUCGAUUAUCUGCAGCAGAGGACCAGGCGGUUUAACUUCUGUUCAGCAAAAUCUGUAAAUUACGUUUUGUAACAAACUAGAUUAUUUGGGGUAUUUAAAUGCAGUAGUUCUAGGACAAGAAUAAAUAAGGUUACUGGGCAUACGAUAGAUACUGUAAGGACCUAUUGAGCAUCUGGAGAAAUGCCCUGAAUUUUUAGCACUCUUGUCUGCUAUUUUGUGGCUAGAGAGGAAGAGGGCUGGCUUCCUUUGGCUUUAGUAAUUAUCCUGCACUUUAAAAACAAAACAAAAGAAAAAACAAACAAACAAAAAGGUCAGUCAGCCAUACACCUUCCCGCCGGGCACUCAUUGACCCUGUCUCCUCCUAGGCGUUCAGAUGUGGGAGAAAUGCAGUGAUGUAAACACACCAGAGCUACUGCAGAGCUCCCUUUCUCCCAGGCCUGCAGGCGAUAGGGUUGGUAGCUCAGGAGUGCCUCGGUGUGACUCCCAGAAGGACAAAUGACACGUGCUGAUUAGAUUUCCUGUAGUGCUGGGGUGCAGAGGGAGCCCUCGGAACGUUGGGAGGGAGCAGGAGGAGCUGCUUGGGCUUGGCUGGCCAGGCGGCUGGCUGUGGCUUCCUGCAGCUCUCAGGACCUCCUCAAAAGGUUCAGUGGAGCUUCUACAGCACUGAACUGUGGAGACCCACCCCUGCUUUAUCCAUGCAGUUCAAAGGUGGAAGAUGUUAAAAUUCCUCCAAAAGGAGGAUCAGGAGCAAAUUGUAUGUGUUUGCUUUUCCUUAGGGUGGUGUUGCUACCAGUUAGAGCUUCAAUUUCUGCCUGACCCUGGGUCUCAGCUGGGGAGUUUAUUUCCAUCAGAUGGCAGGUUGGUAAGCUGUGCUUUCUUUACUACAGGUAAAGCAAUAGUCAUUGCAGGUUCAAACACUCUAUGCCAGCCUAGUGUAGGUAGGAGGCCAGCAGCCAUAGUUCAGUUCUGUAACCAAUACAGGAGCAUUGUCUUGCUUUGAGCGAGGGCAACGGGAGUACCACAGGGAAGAAGAGUAGACAGUGGCCCAGAAGCAGUUAUUCCUUGUUUGACUUCAUCCUGAGCAUAUUCCAAGUCUUUUCAGAAAUGGCAGCUGUGUGUGAAAGAGCAGAGCUAAAAUGUUGUGUAGAGAAGACCUCUGUAGUCUAGUUUUCUAAGAGUACUUUUCUAUUAUAAAUGAAUAUUUUAUCUACCUCCUCAUCUCUUGUUGCCUGUUGUGGAGUCACGUAACAAUUAUAGUGGAAGAUCGUGUAUUAUUCAGUAGGGCUGGAUGCUAAAGGAUAAUGAGCAGAACCACAGCUGUAAUGGUUAAUGUAACAAAUCCUGAGAAGGAGAGAAACCUGAUGUAGGAAGUCUUAAACUUGCAAUCAGGCUGGCACCUUGGCAGACACCAGAGUGCUGUGGCCCAUUCUAGAGAUUUUUUGACCCUUCAUCUGGAAUAUCUAGUGCUGGCCUUAAUGGCCAGACAUCUUAUACAGAGCAGCAGCUCUGUGUUCCUGUUCCUCAGUGAGGUGGUUAUUUGCUUUUGCCCAACUUCCUGCUGCAAGGAUUCCUGCUCCUAGCUCAGGGCUGUUAAUGGCAUGUUAACGUUUUAAAAACCAAAGGUGUUGCCAGCAUCACCAGCUACAUUACUCCAAUGCUUCUAUUUGACAUAGCAGUUACAGCCCAAACUAUGUAUAGCUUGUCCAUAGAGGCUAAAGUAAAGCAUUAAAUGUUUGCUCAGUGGUACAAUUUUGGGUCAUCAAGUAAAGCUAAAAAGAUUUCAAAGGUAGGCUGAGGUCAUCUUUCUAGUAACCAAAGACUUUUUUUUCCUGUUACAGACAGCUGUUGUCUGUGGCAGAUGUGGUUGUUGUACCUGUCUCCUCUACUCUUUCUUCUUUAGUUACUGAUUUAUAAGUAGGAGCUCAACAGUAAACAGUUAUCCUGUAGUUCAGCAGCUUCAGCGAUGUCCUGACGGUUACAGGGUUCUAUUUUAAGCUGUACUUAACUUGUGUUUGCAACACACUUUGUAGAAGUCCAUAGUGCAGAUUGUCGUUGUGAAGGAGCCAGUGCCUCUCCCUUCUUACCUUCCUUAUGUGAUAAGUCAGGGAGUGUGGAAGGAAAGUCCUCUGAAUUGCUGUGUUUCUCCAGCACUGUGUACUUUGACACUUCCUGGCAUGGGCUGGGCUGUUUAUGGGUUUCUGAGCAUCUGUAACAGAUCUACUGCCCUUGAAGGGGUCUAGACUCUGCACUGUGUAAAGCCAUUUGGUCUAACUAACUAACUAACUGACUCCCACAUCUCAGCAGUCCCACUGUGCUCCUGCCAGCCAUCAGUGGGUAAAAAGGAAACACCAGCCAAUGACUGUAGAAUACGGUGGUAGUCCUGCAGCAAACCCUGCUCCCUUCAUUAAUGCUAGAGAGCUGGCUCUCUCCUGUGAGAUAGGAGGGAGAGGCCAUCUUCAUCCUCAGCUGUGCUGAAGUACCUGCUUUCCCCAUACAGUGCAGGGGAGACUCCAGCAACCCAGCCCUGGCUGCUCAGACAAAAUCCAGUCACGUCCUGUGGUGUAAGAGCAGGUUCAGCUCCAGGAGGUGACAUGUGUUGACACCAGUGCUAAGCACCUGACAGAUCACAUCUAUGUGAUUAACUUCUCUGUAAAUAGAUUCUUAACUGGCUUCAGGAUUUCCUCUUUCAGGUUUUGCAAACUAAGUUCUUGAAAAACAGGGGAUGAUUAUUUUUAAUCUUUGUACAGUGGUUUACGUAGCUAUUGGUUUAGUAAGUCACUCCAGGAGAGUUUGAGUAAGUUUAAGUUUUGUUACUGCAUUUAUGGGCAGACUCUGCCUUAACACACUUCUGACUUAACCCUCUGUGUGCUGUAGCUGUAUAGUAAAGAUGUACUGCUGUUGUGUUAGAACAUCCUUUACCUACUGGCCACUUGUCCUUGGUCUGCAGAGAGGGACUUAAUUAAAGCCAUUGCACAAAUGCUCUCAGCUCUUGAGCCUUUUUACAGUAAAUGGUUUUGCCUCCCCAGCUUUCAGGUGAAGGUGGGGUACAGGGCAGCUGUCCUGGUCACAAGCAGCUCUUUAGGUUAUCUAGUACUGCCUCAUAUUAACAGGGUUAAUGCUUUGAUUAAAGCUUUGAUUCUCUAGCACCCCACACCAGACACUAAUAGUGACAGUACAGCUGAGUAGAGCUGACUAAAAUCCUGUGGAAGUGAUUUUGUCCAUCAGCAUAAUGCAGAAAAGCUGGACUAAAAUCUCCACCUUGUAACCCAGUUAGGGCUGCACAGUAGAGGCAAGAGUGACCACCAGCCCCUGGGUUAAAGCUCCCCAUCAGGGUGUUUACUCCCACCUGUAUCCGUGUAGCUGUAGCACCAAAACAGCUGCUCCUGUAUUUACAUAAGGCAGGUUUUGGAUCCCACCCUGAGUUCCACCUGCUGCAGGACAGUCCCUGGUUAGAGCCCUUGUGGAAGCUGCAGCCUUACCUUAGAGCACAGGGUAGGUAGAACCUUUCAGUCUUAAUGGAUUUGUUCCGUUUUGUGGACAAUAGCAACAAAUUCAUCUGUUCUGUACAAUCAUUCCCUCCCCCUUUAUACUUAUGCACAAAAAAAGCUUAAGCUGGAUUUCAGUGUAUGAUUGAUGUUUGCAAUAUGUACUUUUUUUUUAAAAAUAUAACACAAUAAAUUAGAAGUUAUUUCAUAUUUA